UGGCUUAGACUGGUGUGGUGGGGUCGUUCUAUCAGUUCAGUUUCAGUUCAGUAGAGAAAAGCGCUCGUUGCCGAGUGAACGUGUUUUAUUUUUCGUUCCGUACUCCGAAAGGUGUUGUUUCUGAUCUAUCUGCCCAAAAAAAAAGGAUACACUAACACUUUUUCAAAAACUUUUUUUUUCCAUUCCCCGAGAUAUUUUUCCAAGCGUGUGUUUCAGUAUAUCCUUUGUUGAGAGUGCUUCUGGUGGCAGUCGAGUAUCGAGGAAGAAAAAAAACCUAAGUUUUCUUUUGUUAGAUUCGGUGCGCGCGGACUCGCGUUUUCUCGCAGGAAGACACGCUCAGUGCUGUGUGUAUUCGAAGGGAGUGUAUGCUUUGAGCGCAAAUUUCUCUGCGGUUGAUUUUUCUUGUGUUUCCUCCACCAUAUCCCGACAGUGGAAUCGUUUCCAGAGUUAAACGUAUUUUGUUUUUGUCGAAAGUGAUUUCCCGCGACAACGGCGGAGCAACAUAUAUUUUAAAGGAGCGGUAAACAUCUCCGAAACAAACAACCGAAACAACCGAAAAGAAAAGUGGAUCGCCAAUAUUGACAUUCGGGCGCGGGCAUCGAAUUCGAUAAUGAUAUAGGAUAUGGGACAGCCGGCUGUUUAUAAACUCCCAUUUGUGUAUUGAUGUUAACGUAAUCAACGUGUCGGCACGAAAGAAGAAGAAGAAAAACUACACUGGACGGCACCCGCGGGAAGAUGCCGUCAGGGAAUGCCCACCGGACAGUGAAGACUACUGGGACCACCACCACGGUGACAGCCACGAAGAAGCGAUCGACGGUGUCCUCUCCUCGCCUCUGCCCCCAGCAGCAGUUGGCAUUUGAAGCUUUGAGGAGGUCUGCGCCGAUAACGGUGUACCUGGUAGUCUUGCUGCAGCUGUGUGCGUUGAUUACGGCUCAGUCCAACCCGGCCCAAACAUGUCCCCCGACGGUCGAUAUCAAUCCGUGCCAGUGUCAGGUGAAAAAGAACGGACUCGAUAUUAUGUGCGAGGCGACCGAUGUGCAGCACAUUACCAACGCGAUGAGUGCGCUGAAAGGGAAGAAUCCGAUCAUCUUCUAUCUGAAGCUGCGACAUAACAACCUGCCCAAGCUGCAGGGCUUUGUGUUCCUCUCGCUUGAUAUCCGGCAUCUGACGAUCCAUAAUAGCAGUCUGGCCGCUAUCGAGGAAACAUCGCUGAGUUCUUUAGGCCGUGGUUUGACUCAGCUGGACGUGUCGCAGAACCAGCUGAUGACGGUUCCCUCGAGUGCGCUGAAAAACCUCCACCACCUGCUGAUUCUCAACCUGAACCACAAUCGAAUCUCCGUGAUUCAUAACCGAGCCUUCGAGGGACUGGACACGCUGGAAAUACUCACCGUCUACGAGAACAAACUGACUUCGGUCGAGCCGGAUGCGUUUCGCGGGUUGGACAAGAAACUCAAACGAUUAAAUCUUGGAGGUAAUGAGCUCACCUCGGUUCCUCAGAAAGCCCUUGCCAUUUUGGAUCUGCUGCGAAAGCUGGAACUCCAGGAAAAUCGCCUGAAAACCAUCAAGGAGGGUGACUUCGAAGGCCUUCAGAAUCUCGACUCACUCAUUCUGGCCCACAAUCAACUCACCGAAGUACCAGCCCGUGUCUUCAGUCACUUAAUUCUGUUGAAUUCCCUGGAGCUGGAGGGAAACUCGAUCUCAUACAUCGAUAAGGACGCUUUCGAAGGCCUCGAAGAAAAUCUACAAUAUCUUCGGCUCGGCGAUAAUAAUCUGCACCGUAUUCCCAGCGAAGCUCUGCGACCACUCCAUCGUUUACGGCAUCUGGAUCUGCGCUCCAACAAUAUCUCCUCCAUCAGUGAGGAUGCUUUCGUUGGGUUCGGGGACUCUAUCACCUUCCUCAAUCUGCAAAAGAACGACAUCAAGGUGUUACCGGCGUUGGUGUUCGAGAAUCUCAACUCGCUGGAGACACUGAGCAUCCAGAACAAUAAGCUGACCCGCAUUCCGGAGGAAGUUAUGGAACCAAUCAUCGACUCGCUGCGUGUGGUCGACAUAAUGGAUAAUCCCUUGAUUUGCUCGUGCGAGCUGGUUUGGUUCCCGAAUCUGCUGAGAGACUUAAAGAAUCGCGACGACGAGAUGACCCAGAAGAAGCGCCCCAUGUGCACGAUGCCUAACGAACUCCGGGAGUACUACGUCCAGAAUAUGCCCCUGGAGCGGAUGCAUUGCGUCGGCAAGAAGUUCCAGACGUCAUCGCUCAGCGGCAACGGUGCCGGCGAGUUGACGGUGCGCAACCUCGUGAUGCUAGCCGGCGUAAGCGUAGGCUUCUGUCAGGCUCACUGGUAUCAUCGCCAUUGAAUCGAGAACUGAUGACGACGACGACGAGUUCGAGACGAGCAGCAGGUAAGGAGUUGUGGGUGCGAUUCAGCUUAACACAUGAGAGUAUGGGAAAGAAUGUGAAAAGCCUCUUAAAAACGAAGAAAGAAGAAGAAGAAUGUGAGGAAACGCAAGGGUGAAGAAGAGGGUUUGGAUGAUGGGGAUAAGAGAUAGAAAAAUACAAAUGUUGCUUUAUUUUUCCACGCUUUUUGUUGGACCCAUUAUUUUGUUUCGUGUUGCUGUCGGGCUAAUUUAAAGUUCGUGGUGGUAAUAAGGUGAGGAGAGAGUCACUUUCUGAAAAAAAAAAUUGAGAACACGGUUUGAAUGUUCAAAAUAAAAGAAAAACAUUAAGUAAAUACAGCCAGGAAAGGAGAAGUCUCACUUGCGACUGAGAACUCCACGAUUGAUACGAAAGAAAUAAACUACAAUUAACACUACCCGAGUGGCAAAAUGAAGCAUCACAUUACCAAAGAGUCUUUCAACAAAGUAAAAUGCGCUGAAAAUGCGUUUCAGAGUUCCCUUCGUUCUUAUCUAUGUUGUGCUUUACCGCUAGCAAAUGAGCAAAUUUUACACUUAGUUCAAAUGAUAAUCUUAGGUCUAGGCGACAAGAUGAGAUACAUCUAUGCGCUCGCAAAUGUGCACUGGAUUACUUUCGCUUGCCAUAUUAAUAAAGGUAUAAUAAUCAACUAUAUGCUAUGAAAGUUGACGGCAAAAAAUGCUAGUUCAUAAAGCUCAUAAAGAUCAGUGUAACCAAAGAAUUCAAUAGCAUUAUUUAGUUCCACGAGAGGAAGCAAAUCUUUGGACGAAUCACGUACGAAUUUCGACAGGAAAAGCAGUGUGGACUUUCAUCUAUGUGUCAGGGAUGAGGGUCUUAGCUGCUUGCAGCUGGGAAUUCCACCUUUUUUUUGCAUUGCAAUUACCGUGUAUAAAUGUUACUGAAAAAAAAACCUCGUGUGAUUUAUCUAUUUUAAAGAAAUAUCUAAUUGAAAAAAUUAACAAAAAAAAAAGUUUAAGAAAAAUUACUAAUACAAAUAUGCAUAUGCAUAGUCGUAAAUUAAAGAGGUCAUGUUACCUUCGACGUAUUACACAUAUCUACAUAUAUAUUUAUAUACAUUUGGAAAUGAAGUAAAUCUGUGAAAUCGUACAUAUCCGUAUACACGUGUCCCCCGAGGAUCCACUAUUUACCAUUUCGAGCAAACAAACAUAUCACUUUACCCUCGAUUGGAGAGAACAGUAACAAAACAUAAUCAGUGUUGAGACAUAUCAAAUUGAAAUGUGAGAGCAAAUGAGCUUAUUUUUCUUGGUUAUGUCAUCAGAAAAAGAAAGUAUAUUAACACAUAUCACAUACCUUUAGUACAGUAAGGACGUUUCUCAUAAGAUAUUGGAUAGAUCGUUUAUUCAUAUACUCCACAAAUGGAGAGAAGGAGAAAUAUAAAAAAAAACAUGCAAAGAAUAACAAUCAAGACCCAACAACAUUUUGAUAUAAAUUUACAUCCAAAACAUAGCAUUUCGAUUGAACGGAGAGUUGGCAACCGAGCCAAUGCAGCGAGAACUCACUUCUGCUCGGCGGAGCAGAGCACGAGGGAAGGGAAUUCUGGCAGGUCGUCUAAAUUUGAGCGACACCGGAAGUUUGUUUAUUUGCGAUCCACAUUCGGGUCACGCUCGCCAACAAGGUUUUUUUCUGUUGGUCUGUGUCAAUUUCGUGUAUUACGCCAUUCAGUUGGAAAAUUUCAUCGUUAUCACCAUCCCCCGAUUUAAACUUGUGAUGAAAAUGUGUCCGGGCUGAAAAAAUGUAGACAUACUUCCAACUCGGUGGGGGCUUGAAGGAGUGUGUCCUUCGAGCCAUCCAUGUUGGAGGCUUGAAAUGGGUCACCGUGAGAGAGUGCGAAGAAGACCUCGAUUAAGACUAGUCCUUCCGGGUAUUUUUUUUUGUGUUGCUUCACCUAACCGUACACAUUGGGAAAUGGGGCGACAUCUUCAUCCUGAGUGAAUGGGCUGGUUCCAAGGCGGCAAUGAUGAUGUGGUAAACUGUUUUGCGAGAAGAUUGAUGAUGGUGUGUGAUAGAAACAAAUUGUAGAUUUCCAAGGAAGUGAUUUGAAUAAUGGUGGAACCGAGACAUUAUACUAUGUGCUUCGAUGCUCCAUUAGCUGCAUUCGUUGGGCGCAAUCUGGGUGAGCUCGGGAUGAUUAAAUAUAUCUGGUACGGGAUAAGGCUUUUUGUUAUACUUCGAUGGCGUAAUGCUGACGUGACGUACUCGGUAAUUGAAAGCAGACAUAAUUAAUUGAUUUUGAAACAAACAAUAUUAUCUUCAACAAAUAGUGAUGAAUCAAUCAAUCAAAAGAUUCGAAGAUAUAUGUGCAGUAUAGUGAGGGUAAAACUAUUAUAAAGGUUAUUAUCAAAGUAAUACUGUAGAAAAAGUUUACAUAUUUUUGAUUUUUUUUCCUUAGUUUAUAUGAGAUUGUGUACUAUCGCGGUAUAAAAACGUCUCGGUUACUACGGAGGAAUUUUCGGCAUUAAUUAAACCGCGCAUGUCGAUGGUCAGAUAUCAACUCUACAUUCUUUGUUUACCAACUAGCUAAUGGAGAAGGCUUCGGACUUCGGAUCCGAAGAUUGCAGGUUCGUGUCCUGUCACGGUCGCCAUGUCGCGAUAUAAAAACUUCUCGGCUACUACGGAGGAAUUUUCGGCAUUAAUUAAUCCGCGCAUGUCGAUGGGCAGAAAUCAACUCUAUAUUCUUUGUUCACCAACUAGCUUAUAUAAUAACCUAAAUUAGUCUUAACCCAAACUCAAGCCAUCGACCGUGUUUGAAAAUAAGUGUUGAUCCAUGCGGAAGCCGCAUCGCUGCUUGUACGCAAAGCUUACACGCGGCGAGAGACAGAAAGUAAACGAGGAAAAGUGUCGGAUAGCAAUAAUAUUUUAUGACCCAGUGAGGAAUGAAUACGAAGCAAUAAAUUUGGUUCUGGGUCGCUUGAAUGCAAUGUCUUUAACUUCUCUUUCUAGGAAGUAUCGUUUUUGGGGUUACUGGAAAUAAUGCAUGAUGAAGAUGCAUAGGGAUGCUACAGUACUUUCCGCACAUAGUUGCUUUAAAUCUAAUUUAUUGCCCAAUAAAGUUGUACAAAAUUGAAAGAAAUUGAUAGUAAGUGGCAGCUAAUAGACUAAGCUAUCUUUUGAUGCCAAAACCUUACCAUAUGGUUUGGCGGCUUCAAACUAGGGCCAUAAUUUGGGUCCCAAGCUCGUUAGUAUAAUCUCUACCAGAUAAGAAGACACGAAACCGGUUUUUAAAUUUUCAAAUUUGUAUGAAAAUUUUCACAUCAUUUUAUUUAAUUACUUGAAACACGUAUUUCCGACUUUCAUUCAACCAUAUGGCUAUACAAUUCCAACAUUGUUGCUGAUUUUUUUCUUUAUAAGGUAAAUGAUUUUGGUUUGUCCAGUCGAAAAUAUGAUCAUGGUUUGUCCACUUUUUUGAAUGCUCUAAUUCAGCGCUCCGGUGUCAAAUCAGGUAUUCGAAUGUUUCAUAACAUAUAAAUAAAAUGGUCUUUUUCAAGAUUUACAGUAGUUUUACAGUAUAUUUUUACGGAAUCACAUGUUUUGAAGCAUUAUAAAAAACACCAUCUAUUGGUGUCAAUGCGCCCCUCAUUCGAGCUAACUUUUAAUCGAUCACCAGAUGAUUAUUCGGCACGUAUUCAGACCUUUUCUGGAAUAUAACAUUUACAAAUAUUGUAAACAUCGUGCUUGCACAACAUUUGUAUCAGAUUUGCAUAGCUAAACCAUUGAAUUAACGCAUUUUGAUGAACUUAAUUCUGAUCAUGAGUUGUCCAAUUCAAUAAUGUUGUUUUGUCCGUAUGAUUUCUAUGGCAACCGCUUGGCGCGCUGCAGUUUGUUUAUUGUGUCCUUCGCGCAUAGCAGAAAUAAAGUUUCUCUAUGUUGAGCGUGUUGAGGAGAACACUUUUAAAAUGCCCAAGAAAGUUUAAUAUUCUGAAGAAAACCUAAAUUAUGAAUGGAUCAAUAUGAUGACAGUAAACUCAAGCAAUGAUAAAUGCAACAUUUACUUGGGAACUCGAAUGUUUUCAUUCAAAAAUGGUGCUUUCUAAAACCGGACAAACCAUGAUCAUUUUUUGAAGAAACCAUGAUCAGAGGUGGUCAAACCAUGAUCAUAAUUCCGCGUUGAGGAAAAUUGUUAAAAAAACAUAAAAAUUUGAAUAAUUUCAACGCCUCAUGAUAGUAUUAGCAACUAGAGACUUGGGGCUUUUCAACAAACCCAAACUCUAACUAUCGAUUAUAUGUGAUUUCCAUGAAGAAAAAUCGAUUUGCAUUUACUAGUUGCGUAAAAACACCCCAAAUCGAACAAACCAAAUCAUUUACCCUAAUAUAAAGUUGUCUUCAUAAACAAUUUUCGUAUGAGACUUUUCCACCACCUGCAAACAAAAAUGUUCUCAAUUUAAAUACAAUACUAAUUUGAAAUAGAAAAGCUAAUUUUCAUUGAUUAUUUUUAUUUUGAAAACGUUCAUUCCGACUGAAAAUCAGCUAUUCUUUGACGCUUCCAUAAACUAGUAAACGAAGCUCAACGCCGUCAACGCGGAUCGCUGUUUUGAAGAAAACAAAUACUUUUGACGUUUGAGAUGUUGGCACCAAAAACAUGGUGGGUGCCGUACAGCUGUUCGAAGCUCUCUAGUCUUGCGUAUAAUGAAAGGAUGAUUCUCCGUUUAUUUUUUUUUUUGUGCAAAUCAUCUUGUCAUAUGGGAGAUUUUUGUGAUAACAGCUUCCAUUCCAAAAUCCAGUAAAUCCAUCUUUAUUUCGUGAUAGAAUGAACAUUCAGAAUUAAGGGCAUCAAUAUCAAAUAUUAAAAAUCACAAUUAUAAUACAUAAUCAUCAUCAAACAUAGUUUUCGUUUGUUAUUUUUGCACAUUUUUCGAAAAAAAACGUUUCACUUUAUUGCAUAGAAUCCACGAAGAAAAUCUAUUAUCAUUUUCACUUUCCAAAGGGCGCAACACGAAGUCAGAGUCGUGAACACGAAUCUACAGCGAGUUUUUGUUUAUAUCUCUGUUCUUUGACAUUUCUCACGCUCAGUUCGAUUCUUCAUCGGCCAAAUUAUACGGCGAUUCGACUGAGGCUUGAGCAGUGCGGUCAGAAUAGGUUUUUUUUAAAUUACCAAUUGAUGUAUCGAUAAUAUUUUCUCAGUAUAAUGAGAGUAUUUUUUAUUUUUAGCUAGGCAAAAUCGAGCUAAAUGGCUGUCCUUCAAAUAUGUUAUGAACUGUUUCGGAGCAGCAAACAUCUCUGCACUACUUUCAUUUUGUCAUUUGGUUCAUCAAUAGCCGAGGCACGAGGUACAUUCGGAAAUGCUUAUCCUACAAUGAUCAAUCAUAUCUAUUAAUAUUCCUCGAAGUGCAGACGAUUCUCUUUGUUCUAUAUCACCAUUGAAAGAAUGGGAAAUUUAGCGAAAUUUCACUUAAAUUGAUAUUCGUGCAGUACUGGCUACAAUUGAAACUAAAACUGAACUAUAGAGUAUUAGUUUCAGGCAUUUAAUACGUUUUCGAAUGCUGUCCACAAUUUUCUGUGAAUAUUGAGUCCAUUUCUAAAAAGUUGUCAUUAAGAACAUAGAGAACAUGGACAACCGAAACGCCUGGACGCCUGAAUGGUACGUAACAAGAUGAGGUCACACACGUAGGUAUUUUCUGUUUUCGUAGGUGCAGCUACUGUUCCGUCAUGUGGGAUUGAAAUGAGUGGCCACCUCGUAAGAGGGACACUCACUCACUAAUUCAUUUACUCGCAGUCUGUCCGAAAGAAUUUCAGUGCGGGUCCCUGAAUUGAUGCCGAAAAAUCGCUGACUCCUCAUGAAACAUGCAGUCUGCGUUCCGGUUUCUCUUAUUUCUCGGCUGUUCGAGGCAUUUAACCUGUAAAUUUAUGCCAAUUACUUUUUAUAAAUUAUGUUUAUGGUGCAUAACACUAAUUUGGUAUUUGCUGAAUCAAACAAUAUUCUUUUCAAAUUCGCGAACUUCCAUCAGCCCACGAUUUGAAAAAGAGCAAAGAAAAAAAAAGUUCGCUCUCACUAGUCAGAUUGAGUUCACAUUCUCGCGAGUUUCGAGUGUGACGAAACAUGAUUCACUGUGCUUGCCCCCAACCACAAAACGAUUACAUAUAGGGGUAGUGGGGGUAAUGUGGUCACGUGGGGUAAAAUGGUCACCUGCUUGUUUGGUAGUAUAACUAUUGACUAUUGACACCGUAUUGAUAGUCAUCUUAUGUUUGAAGAAUUCCAUGUCAUUUGAGUCACCAUGUAGAACAGUGGAGCUGUCAAAUGUCAAAAUAUAAAUAAAAAAAAAAGGUUCUCUCGGUGGCCAUUCGACCGUAGUUUUGGGGUUUCGAAUUUGAGGAAUUUCUAGUGGAAUUUAAGCUAAAUCCGCCCAAAGGAAACUAUUUGACCUGAUAUUUUCGACAAAUCAACAGUUUGGAUGACUGUACACAUAUUUUACGGUAGGCGAACAGAUAUUUUGUUCAAUUUCAGUGAUUAUUUCGCAUAUUUCGCACUUCGUUGUUUGGGGGGCAAAGUGGUCAGUGGGGGAUUACUGCUGACAAUGUUCUGUUUUCGAAAGCUGAUAUACCUUAUCACCUUCUGCUCCUGAAGGGGUCCCUUUUGUGGUUUUGACCCAGGAAAAAUAUGCCACCCCAACCAAAACCAAGCAUUUCAUUUUGAAAAACGUUAUGUGUUUCCUAAUACGUUUUUGUACGUAUUAGAAAAUUUAAAUUACGAUUGUAGGUGAACAGGCCUAGCUCAUUUCAUACAUGUACCUACUAUUUCAAUAAUGAUUUAAACAAAUUUGGUCAAGUAAACACGCAUAAAUCUAUCUCUUCUAGUGUGACAUGUGCGAGUGAUCACUUUGCCCACCACAGGUGACCACUUUAGCUUCUCACUAAAAAAAUGUUAGAUUUUUGAACCUUUUUUUUAAUAAUGAAAAAUGUACUAUUUUCAAUUUUCAUAAUAAAAACCUCUUACUUUCUUGAACUACAAUAAGUUGAGCUACAAUAUUCUUCGAAGAACGGGAAUUUUAGUGGUAUGUGGACACAGGAUAUGGGCAUGUUCCUUAGGUUAUUCAACUGUUUCAAGUAUUUCGUAUGAUUGAAGAAGUUUGGCUAUAGGGGUCCGAGGUAUCACUUAAUUCUGGAAAAGGGGUCUCUUGUCCAAAAUAGUUUGAGUACCCCUGAUUUAGAUGAAGAUUCUCCAAUUUUUUUUUGCUUCUUUCGCAUGGUAUAACAGAUGCAAUCUCAACCGCACAAUAGAAAGAUACACUUUACCUGUGAACAUGAAUUGUUGACAAAGGCUUGAGUCCCAUUAGAAGGGUAGUUUGGAUUCCUGCUUCAGACACAGGUUCCUAGCGUCAUUUUUGCUGUUGGAGUCUCGUUUAUGUUAGUCUGUGUAAUGAUAAGCUCUACAUUAUUGCUAUCAGAAAGCUAUCAGGUAUUGCGUUACCAAGAGAGCAAUCCGAAGCUUCCAAACGAAUAUUAUAAAAAUACUUUGUAUUGGGUUUUUGGGAUAGAAUAUCAUCUUCAUAGUCUGAUUGGUCUGUUUCGUAAUAUUCUUCGCCUGAAUUGAGAGCGGAUGUUCUUUUUUUUUUAAAUAGUGGUGAUGGUCCCAUCUUAUUCCGCUACAAAGGUUUGAGCAGGACGAGUUAUCUUAUCGAUAAUAAUUGAGUUACUGUAUUUCUUUAUUACAUCAUACUAACCAGUGAGUACAUUAAAUUGAAAAGAAAACGGACUGGUUAUCCCGCAGACAUAGAUUACUAAUCGAAAGAACAAUUUAUGUCUUUAUCCCUAGACCGAUCGGGAAUUGUACCCAAUGCCUCAGUAUUAGCCAUGAAUUUACAAAGAAAAUCUCGCUUUAUCAGAUCUUCGGCCACGGCCUGCAAUUCCGAUCGUUUCCAAGUUCUAGUAGCUGAGCAAACCCAAGCCUAAUUCUAGCUGAUACUUCAGGCCCUUUACUUUACAUAUCCCAAGGCAUGUCAAGAAAAUUUCCAACCCGAAAAAAUCCUUGACCGAUCAGGAAUUGAACCCAAUACCUAUGUCAGCAUUAACCUUGAAUUUACAAAGGGAUUCCCGCUUCACUGGAAACCCGACAACGGUCUGUUAAUCGUUUCCGAGACCAGACAGCUGAGCAAACCUAAGCCUAAUUCCAGCCGAUACUUCAGGCCCUACAUUCAACCUGGGGUAUAAACGUGUCAACCUGAAUCUGCAAUGAGAUCUGCCACAACACAGAAAAGUCUUGAUAUAAUUAUCAGUUAAGAAGAUGGAUUUACAAGUACUCCGAUUGAGCUAUCCCCAGCUUACCUCAGGUUUCCACAUUAAACCCAUUUGAAUACUUUCAUUGAAAAAAAUCAUUGUUUUUGCACAUGUUCUAUCUCAAGUUGUCUAUGUUUGCUGUUGUUUAAGUUGAAGUCUACAGAUAAAGGAAAAUAAAAUAACCAUCAUCAUUAUAGUCUAAAGAUAAGAAAAUACAAAUAUCCGUUAAAACUUCGUCAUCUUACAUACUAACAUUAAUUAUAUGCAGGGUCAAAAAUCUAAAUCAUGCUUCAAAAACUCUUUACAAAUACUACGGAAUAUUCGAAGGCCUGUUGCUGUCUUUGCUUCAUUUGGUAAUGUGUUAUACAGGCGAUAUCCUUUAUAAAAAAAGUGAGUUUUGGGUACAUGACAUUCGAAAGUUCAUGGUUCUGAGGUCACUUGCUUGUCUUGUGUUAUAUCGGUGCAUAUCUCUUCCAUACGUUAUCGUGUUUUGUAAAUAGUUCGGUGUUAUACCGCUAAUCAUCUUAUAUAUGAACGUAAGAACGUAAUUCCUUAAUAAAUGAACACCAUAUGUAAGCGAUAUCUCUGGGGAACUUCGAAACACUCAUCGGAAGACCUUAAGAAGAUGACCGUCCUGAGUAGAAUCGUUCAAACUGUCACUUGCCGUCAGUGUAUCGACCAGAAAAACAAUCUGGUGGAUACAUUCCGAUCAGUUUAUGGAUCUCAUCCUCAAAUUCAUGGGGGUUAUUAGGUUAUUAUCAUUAAAAUAUUAUAGUUGUCACUACCGUGUAGUCCAAGAAUAUAUUGGUGGCUACAUUUGGACGAAUAUUGGAGCCGAUUUCAAGGAUGAAUCUGCAAGCUGCCCUGAAUAAAAUGUUUCCAUCAAAGAAGGAACUCACUAAUUUGAUGGGGUUUUUUUUUGCGAAUUAAAACCAAAUAUGCUCUUGGUGCUUAUAGAUCGCGACAUUUUUACAAAUUCAGCGGCCUUAAAAUGAGGAAUGCUGUCAACCAUAAUCAGAGCCCAAUAAGUACCCGAAAAACUAAAACAAUACAGGGGGAAUAGCGAAAAGAAUAUACAAUAAUGUAGUUGCCAAUGCCUUAUAAAAGAUUAACCAGACUCGAAAGUAAAAUGAUAUUGGAAUAGUUUAGAAUACGUUUGAGUUAAUUCAGUAUUAGAGUAUGACAAAAAUGUAUUUUUUUCAAAGCUUCGAGACGUAAAUAAUUAUGUGUUGCGUCAUUAAAAUUGAACCCGGAAUACGUUUUUCUUCUUUCCAAUGAAAUGUACAAAAUUCAAUUUAGCAAAAACAUCGCGCGUGGCAUUAUAUCGUUUUCCGCACUUUCAAGCGCCUACAGCUACGCUAUUUGCACAACAGCGACUAAAUGUUUUUCCGCCCACGCUUCGGCUCAGUUUGGCUCAGUACACUCCGACGAAUUUUAGUACAUCUCCAGAUCCGCUGCGAUUUUAAUGCUUGUGUUCCAUUAAAAAUGCAAUAGCUACGGGGGGAUGAGGGAGCGUAAAUUGAAUUACGCGGCCAUAACCUUCGGGGCAUCAUUCUCCGGAAUCGGAAAGGCCGCAAUCCAUCGCCAAAUGAAUUACUGGGAAGGAACGCCGAUUGCCGGCUGACUGGCGGCUGGCUGGCGUUGAGCCGGUGAGGUGAUACAAUCUAGGGACUAUAAUGGAUUUUCCGUUUGUCAGGUAAAAAUGAAAAGAAUUUAUUUCUCGGAAACACAACAUCUUGAAUGAAAGAUUAAUGAUUCCGAUGGCCGUCGGGUUCGAAAGAGUUGCGGAAUUGGAGUAGGUGUGUGCUGUGGGGGUAGAAGUGGAGUUCUCGCAUUCGAAAGCAACGAUGUUCAUUUAUUGGCUCAAUUCAUAUCCUUGUCUUUAGUGCUAUAAACUGGCGGAAGAGAAUGAAACAGUUAUUAAUUAAUAUUUAAAACUAUCAACUGUCAGAUUGGAACUGACAAUCUGAAGUUCUACCAGCCAGAGAGAGCGGGAAAAUAACAUAACUGUUCCUUGCACGAGCCUAGAUAUGGAGUGUCGGCCAAUAAAGUAACACCGUUCCGAAACAUGGUUUCUCUUUCCUUAUGCCAAACAAUGCUACCGUUCGGGAGCAUGAGAUACAUAUAAAUCUUUUCGGAAAGCCCUUUGAAGCAAGUUUCUCGGAAGGGAAUUCCGAGCUGACGAUGAUUAAAGCAUGUUAUAUUGUAGCCAGGUGGUGGAGAAACGUAAAUCCGUUUGUGAAUGGUUCGUAUCCUGCAAGGAUGCACAUGACAGGCGCUUUCCAGGAAAUCCUUUCCCAGUGGUGAUUGAGUCGAAACUCACUUAUAAAGCAUACAUAUCAAAUGGAUUUUAUCCAACAAAAUCGCAUCAAUGUGUGACACUUGUCACGUAAAAUUAUAAAAUAAUCAAUAUUGUUAGCACGUAAGAAAACUCAUUGUGUAUACUUGCAAUCAAUUUAUCAUAUCGAGAGGAGAGAGAUCCUUCACUGUUUCUCAAAAGAAAGAAAAAACAAGUAUAAAAACACAAAUCUUGAUGUAAACCAAAUCAACCCGAAACCAGGUCCACGAUACAUAUCCAAUGAAUACUAUCAGCUCGCUGUUCAACCAGAGAGGAACCACACUUCUUCUUCAGCAACAAUUUGCCUUCACUGUUUUCAUACAAAUUUUACCAGCACAUCGGUGUAACAGCAGACGUCAAACAUUUGAUCUAGUUAUUCUCUGCGUUCGAUUAGCCAAUUUUCAUGCUUAGAGUGAUUACCCAUAAACAUAUAUUUACGCUAUAUAUUUAGAGAUUAAGCAAUGCAUUCAAAGUGUAAAAACAAAAAAAAAGAAGAGAAAAAAACCAAAGCUAUUUAUGAGAGAUUAAGUGUUAUCUUAACAUUUAAAAACAACAGAUGAAUUAUCUAUGUAAUCGAAGACUAUUCAUACGUUUAUAUACACAUUGAACAAAUGAUCAAAUACCAAAAA